CGCGGGCCGCGGCGCCCGCCCACGCGGCCGUCGCGGCCGUGGCGGUCGCGGCUGCGGCGCGCGCCGUCGGGAGCUCGUCGAGGUGGCCGGGGCCGCGGCGCUCUAGCGGAGCGGCGGUGGUCGUCUCCGCGAGGGGCGGAGACGACGAGGACGGCGCGAGGCCCCGCCGGCGCCGGCGCCGGCGGGGUACGGCGGACGCCAGCGGCAAGUCGGCCGGGGCGCUCGGUGACCCGCUCCUUGCGGAGCUGGAGCUCGAUUCCGUCGGCGGCUGCGACUGUCAGUUGAUCCUCGACACAAUGACCGAGGUGGACGACCUGCUCACCCCGGAGGAGUGCGACUACUUCGUCGAGAAGGCCGAGGCCUACGCGGCGAGAGAGGGGUGGGACGCGGAGCAGCACGACAAGUACGAGACGAGGGACGUGAAGGUCCGAAAGCUAGGAGACACACCGUUGAAGCUCUGGAUGAAGAAGGUGCAGGAACCCCUGUGCGACAUCGUCUCUCGGGAGUUCAAGCUGCCGCGGGAAAAAGUCAG